AUGGGCAGGAAUUCAGAGGGGCAGGGAGCUAUUGGCGGUGGGAGCUCCAGGAGGAUGGCAGCCAUGGUCUUGAAGGGCUUGUGCCACAAGCACCUUAUCAGGCUGUACCAAGGCAUGGAGACCAGGACGGGCUUCCACCUCCUCAUGGAGCUGGCCCCCUCAGGGAGCAUCCUGGAGCAGGUGCAGGGCCAGGGGCCCUGCUCCCAGGGCCAGGCAGGGCUCUGGUUCUCCCAGCUGCUCUUCACCCUGGCCUACCUGCACAGCAGGGCCAUUGUCCACUGGGACCUGAAGCUGGAAAACCUUCUCCUGGACAGCGAGGAAAACGUGAAGGUCUCCAUCUCCAGCUUCUCCAGGACGGUGGCCCUGCAGGAUGCCACAUGUGGGGCUGCCCACCAGGCAGUGCUGAGCCAAACCUUCUGCAGGUCCUAUGUUUACGCCUGUCCCGAGAUCCUGCAGGCACAGCCCUACGACCACUUCCUGGCAGACACCUGGAGCGCCGGGGUCAUCCUCUAUGCCCUGCUCCUGGGCUGCAUGCCCUUUGAUGCCAGCCAUCUGCGGCGCCUCCUGCACCAGACCCAGCGGCGCCCUGUCUUUCCCCUGAGAGGACAUGGGGAACUUUGA